AUGGAUCAGGAGGAAUUCGUUGACAGCUCUAUCCUUUGUCAGGAUGAUCUAGAUGCACCUAUGAUUGCCCCCGAGAAUAUUUUCGAUCUCCUAGAUGAUGACGGGGACUUGUUUAUUCGCCGGGUAGAGUCUGAUCAGAUUGUUUACCAACCACAGUGCCAUAAAGUGAAGAUUAUUGGUGGGAAGUAUUUGAUGGGCAGUGUUUUAGGGGAGGGAUCCUAUGGCAAAGUGAAGGAACUUCUAGACAUUGAAACGCUGUGUCGUAGAGCGGUGAAAAUUUUGAAGAAAAGAAAAUUGAGGCGGAUCCCAAACGGAGAGCAGAAUGUUCAGCGAGAAAUCAAGUUACUGAAAAGAUUGCGCCAUCGUAACGUGAUUCAUUUAAUUGAUGUUUUAUUUAAUGAAGAAAAACAGAAAAUGUACAUGGUGAUGGAAUACUGUGCCAGCGAGCUCCAAGAAAUGCUCGAAAGUGUCCCUGAGAAGAGAUUCCCUAUAUGGCAGGCUCAUGGGUACUUCUGCCAGCUGAUAGAUGGCUUAGAGUAUCUGCACAGCCAUGGCAUAGUCCACAAAGACAUUAAGCCAGGGAAUCUGUUGGUCACUAAUGACGAGACACUAAAGAUCACCGAUCUGGGCGUUGCAGAGGCUUUGGAUCAGUUUGCUAGGACAGAUGAAUGUCGUACUAGCCAAGGGUCUCCAGCCUUCCAGCCUCCGGAAAUUGCUAAUGGACAGAGCACUUUUGCUGGCUUUAAAGUUGACAUCUGGUCAAGUGGUGUAACACUGUACAAUAUAACAACGGGAAAGUAUCCGUUUGAAGGCGACAACAUUUUCAAAUUAUUUGAGAACAUAGGUAAAGGAGUGUAUACAAUACCUGAUGGAGUGUCAGAUCUUCUUGGGGAUUUACUGAAAGGUAUGCUAGCUUAUGAAGCGGAGGUGAGGUACACACUACAGCAGAUAAGGCAGCAUCC